UUAAGUUUGUACGUCGAUGUUUUUUUUUGUUUUUUUUAUGUUCUCUGCGUAUGUACGUCCUCCUAUGGCGUCGUAAAUGUACAGCAGAUCAGCAGUCAGAUGGGCGGUCUAUGCUGUCUGAUUUGAUUUGACUUUUCUUCCCUUUCUCCCAGCUCGUGUCAUCGUAGUAGCUCUUCUUUGAGGGUUGAGGGAAGAUGUCUUCUCCCCACUUCUAUUAUACUCCUAUAGUAAGAGCAUUGGCACUUACGCAUAUCCCUCUUGCAGGAACAGCAGCCGGACUGGAAAGCCAUGCCAGACAUUGCCUUUCGUCUCCCAGCCCCACCAACCAACCAACCAGAUUCCUCAAAUCCUUCCCCCCCCUCCCCCCGCCCAAUCACCACUUAACCCGCAUAAACCAAGUCGUUCAUAAAUAGGUAAACACCUUACUUAGUUCGUAGUCAACCAUCUGGGCUUGCCGAAGCGGCUCAUGGUCUCGAGCUUGCCGUCGCCGAGCUUGACGGAGGAGUGGCGGAUCAUGCGGGGGUCGAGGGCGAGCAUGUUGCGGACGGCGUCCUGGGUGGCGACGGAGCCGUCGAAGCGCAUGGCGAAGUAGUGGCCCUGGUGGUGGCGCAUCUGGUGCACGCUCGUCGGCUUCGGCAGCAGGAAGACGCCCCAGUUCGCUAUCCCGCGGAUCACGCCCUUUUGCUGGAGGAUCAGCUGGCCUGCUGUUAGGACGAUUCUGUUUUUGGGCAGUUUAGUAUAGUGCUCUUUUUUUACUUCGAGUAGGAAGGGUGCGAUUGUUGAGUAGGUAGGUAGGUGGGUGGGUAGGUAUUCGGACUCGAACAGAGUAGAAUGGGACCGGUGGCAGUAUUCGAUAUAGGUAGGGUAGAAACAUACUCUUUCACCUCAGCAAGAUUGCCGGGUCGGACAAUUCCAAUCAAUUCGUACAGCAUCUUGUCGGCUGCUUGCUCACAUGGAGCGCGGGGCAGAGUCAAUUCUAUUCCUUCGGCGGUAGAAUGUUAUGACUUCUGACCUUGGGUCGAAUUGGAGCCGCCGUUUCGAGGGGAGUCGAUAUCGCAAUUUCUUGGUGAAAGUAUUCCCG